AUGGUCUAUACGGGGAAGCCUUCGGGCGGAUGCAAGUUGUGCAGGAUAAGAAAGGUCAAAUGCGACGAGGCAAAGCCUUUCUGCAUGCGAUGUACAAAGUCUAAGAGACAUUGCCCCGGAUACGGCCCGGUCAUUCGCGAUCCAUCAAAGUCAUAUGCCGACAAACUCAAGAAGAUGAGGACGAAUAGCACCGACAGCACGAACAGCACCGACAUGUUCUAUGUCGACUCAUCGACAAAACCCAAGAACGGAUCACCCGGAUACUGCUGCGAUUGGAAGACAUCAGAAAGCCCACCAACAAGACGACACUCGUCUCCAUUCAAAAUCGGGACUAGGGAAGGUGACCUCAUCGAGUGGUUCAAAAACAUACCAGGAGGAUUGACAAAUCCGCUCGACGAGCAAGCCUCAUGUCUGUUCCUUUCCGAGUUCGUCAACGUGCCCUUGACGUCCACAGCCCGCGGCUACUACGCCUUCUUGCCACAUUUCCUCGGCCGUGGCGACAUCUCAGUCUGCCUCUCAAUGGCCUUCAAGGCGACAUCGAUGGCUGCCUUGGCGAUGCGACAGUCGAAAGGGGCAAGAGGACCUGCCCUACUUCGUGCACAAGAACAUCACGUUGCCGCUUUGCGAGCAGUCGGUCAAGCGAUUGCCGAUCCAGAGGAAAUCGACAGUGAUCAAACGUUGGGGGCAGUCCUUAUGCUGGCGUUUUAUGAGGUAUUAAUGUCAAAGGAUUCUAUGAAGGAGUACAUUAGCCACUUAAAGGGCGCCGCAAAAAUCGUUCAGGUGCGCGGCCAGAAGUGCUUGGAGACGGACGAGGGCCGAGAAAUGUUCGCCAUGACACGCAACCAAUGCAUGUCCGUACAGAACUUCUUCAAGGAGUCUGAAAUGUCCGGUUAUUCAUGGCUGCUAUACAAUGAGGCGGUUCAACGUUCAAAUCGUGCCACCGUCGACAUCAAUCUCCUCUGCAGCCAACUUCAGCAGGGCGUGGACCGCAUCAUCGCCCUCGCGAGGGAGCCUACGGCCGAGUCUGUGGAAAAGAUGCUGGAACUGUUAGAAAAGUGUCGAAAGAUCGAACAAGAGUUCCAAAAACUCCGCGCAAACCCGAAUCCGCAGUGGAAGAUCGAGGUGGCCGAAUGGGUGUUUGACCGGACCGACGAGGAGCUUGACACUGAGCCCACGUUCGAUGGUCAAGUAUACAAGUUCUUCAACCUUCCCAUGGCCGUGUUACAUUUGGUCACUUGGAGCUCUCAUCUCAGCCUCAUCACCACCAUGGUCCGCGCCAGCUCAUGGUUAGCCUCGGCCGGUAGGGAAGGGUUGAAUGACUACGAUGAGUAUGGGGAUCUGGUCCGGUCCGCCACCGCGCGCGUCAACGACAUUGUUUCGGCGAUCCCGUAUUUCUGCAGCUGGAACGGCUACGGCGUCAUUGUUUCUCAGUUCCCCUGCGGCACCACGAAGCCGGACGACCCGCUCAAGGGCGAAGCCGGUCUCAUUGUCAUGUGGCCGCUCGCAGCAGCUCUGAAGAGCGAUUACACCACGCCCAGACAGAGGCGGUAUCUGAGGGGUCGCCUUCGUUACAUUGCAGACGUGUCUGGCAUUAGCCAGGCUAGAUUUUUCAUGAACGAGAUUUGA